CCCGGUCCGGGCGGAGCAGCCUCGGCGGCUCCGCUACCCACCAUCUUUGGGGGAAGUCCCUGCGUCGGGGGGGGGGCUGCUGGAGACGGGGGAGAAAGGCAAUCUCGCAGCCAAUGAGCCCUGCUAGGCUGGGGUGAAGACGAAAGCAGAGGGAUUUGGGGAAGGAAAGAAUUAAAAAAAAAAAAAAAAAAGACGGAAGGAGGGGGACAAUCCUCCCCACCACCUCCGCCAGCAUCGCCACCACCGUUGACACCGCUCCGAGUCUCCAGUUGCGCCCAUGCCUGUGCCGCCAGUUUCGGUUUAGGGGCUGAACCUCAGGGGCUGCAGAAGAUGGGGCAGAGCGCGCCCCGGACCCUCCUGCUGCUGCUGGCGGGGCUGCUGGGGGAGGCUCUGGCGGGGUUCCCCAACACCAUCAGUAUAGGUGGACUUUUCAUGAGGAAUACUGUUCAGGAGCACAGUGCAUUCCGAUUUGCUGUGCAGCUAUACAACACAAACCAAAAUACCACAGAAAAGCCCUUCCAUUUGAACUAUCACGUAGAUCACUUGGACUCUUCCAACAGUUUUUCAGUGACAAAUGCUUUCUGUUCACAGUUUUCCAGGGGAGUUUAUGCCAUCUUUGGAUUCUAUGACCAGAUGUCAAUGAACACUCUGACGUCGUUCUGUGGAGCCCUUCACACGUCCUUCAUCACCCCGAGCUUCCCAACAGAUGCAGAUGUGCAGUUUGUCAUCCAGAUGCGGCCAGCUUUGAAAGGAGCCAUCCUGAGUCUCUUGACUUACUAUAAGUGGGAAAAGUUUGUGUACCUCUAUGACACAGAACGGGGAUUUUCCAUUCUUCAGGCAAUUAUGGAAGCAGCAGUGCAGAACAACUGGCAAGUGACAGCCAGAUCUGUAGGAAGCAUAAAAGAUGUCCAAGAGUUCAGAAGAAUUAUAGAGGAGAUGGACAGACGGCAAGAAAAAAGAUACUUAAUUGACUGUGAAGUAGACAGAAUCAACACCAUUUUGGAACAGGUUGUAAUCCUCGGCAAACAUUCUAGAGGCUAUCACUACAUGUUGGCUAACCUGGGUUUCACAGACAUUGUUCUGGAGAGAGUUAUGCAUGGAGGUGCCAACAUUACCGGAUUCCAGAUUGUUAAUAAUGAAAACCCAAUGGUUCAACAGUUUCUGCAGCGCUGGAUGAGGCUUGAUGAAAGGGAAUUCCCUGAGGCAAAAAAUUCACCAUUAAAGUACACGUCUGCACUGACCCAUGAUGCCGUCCUGGUGAUAGCAGAGGCUUUCCGGUACCUGCGAAGGCAGCGUGUGGAUGUCUCCAGGAGGGGCAGUGCUGGAGACUGCCUGGCUAACCCUGCUGUGCCAUGGAGCCAAGGAAUUGAUAUAGAGAGAGCACUGAAAAUGGUGCAAGUUCAAGGAAUGACAGGGAACAUCCAGUUUGACACCUAUGGGCGGAGAACAAAUUACACAAUUGAUGUGUAUGAAAUGAAAGCUGCUGGAUCACGGAAGGCUGGUUAUUGGAAUGAAUAUGAAAGAUAUGUGCCAGCAUUAGAUCAGCUGCCCUCUAAUGACACUUCAUCUGUGGAGAACAGAACUAUAGUAGUCACUACUAUCUUGGAAUCACCAUAUGUAAUGUAUAAGAAAAACCAUGAACAACUAGAAGGGAAUGAGAGAUAUGAAGGAUAUUGUGUAGACUUAGCUUCUGAAAUAGCAAAACAUGUUGGAAUAAAAUACAAACUGUCAAUUGUUGGAGAUGGGAAAUAUGGAGCUAGGGACCCUGAGACUAAGAUAUGGAAUGGCAUGGUGGGUGAACUGGUCUAUGGGAGAGCAGAUAUAGCUGUUGCCCCCCUCACCAUAACACUGGUGCGAGAAGAAGUCAUAGACUUUUCCAAACCCUUUAUGAGCCUGGGCAUCUCCAUCAUGAUCAAGAAGCCUCAGAAAUCUAAACCGGGCGUAUUCUCUUUCCUGGAUCCUUUGGCUUAUGAAAUUUGGAUGUGUAUAGUCUUUGCUUACAUUGGCGUCAGCGUAGUUCUUUUCCUAGUCAGCAGAUUCAGCCCCUAUGAGUGGCACUUGGAAGACAACACUGAAGAACCACGUGACCCUCAGAAUCCUCCUGACCCUCCAAAUGAGUUUGGAAUAUUUAACAGCCUUUGGUUUUCCCUGGGUGCCUUUAUGCAGCAAGGAUGCGAUAUUUCUCCAAGAUCUCUCUCAGGGCGAAUUGUCGGAGGAGUCUGGUGGUUCUUCACUCUCAUCAUUAUCUCUUCCUACACUGCUAAUCUCGCUGCCUUCCUCACGGUGGAAAGGAUGGUUUCACCCAUAGAGAGUGCAGAGGACCUGGCUAAACAAACUGAAAUAGCCUAUGGCACUUUGGAUUCAGGCUCAACCAAAGAAUUCUUUAGAAGGUCAAAAAUAGCCGUGUAUGAGAAAAUGUGGUCGUACAUGAAGUCGGCCGAGCCCUCGGUGUUCACCAAGACGACGGCGGAUGGGGUGGCGCGGGUGCGCAAGUCCAAGGGCAAGUUUGCCUUCCUGCUGGAGUCCACCAUGAACGAGUACAUCGAGCAGCGCAAGCCCUGCGACACCAUGAAAGUUGGAGGCAACCUGGAUUCCAAGGGCUAUGGUGUAGCAACCCCCAAAGGCUCAGCAUUAAGAACUCCUGUAAACCUUGCAGUAUUGAAACUCAGUGAACAAGGCAUCUUAGACAAGCUGAAAAACAAAUGGUGGUACGAUAAGGGUGAAUGUGGAGCCAAGGACUCCGGAAGUAAGGACAAGACGAGCGCUCUGAGCCUGAGUAAUGUUGCUGGCGUGUUCUACAUCCUUGUGGGAGGCCUGGGGCUGGCCAUGAUGGUGGCACUGAUUGAGUUCUGCUACAAGUCCCGGGCCGAGUCCAAGCGAAUGAAACUCACCAAGAACACACAGAACUUCAAACCUGCUCCUGCCACCAACACCCAGAAUUACGCUACCUACAGAGAAGGCUACAACGUGUCUUCACCCUGACAUCAUGCAAGACAAAAAGCAGCAGAGAAUGUGGAUACUUCAUGGAUUUGGACCAUCUGAGCCAGUUGUACUCUCUCCGAGGUGUCAGGCAUGACACACAUUGAUGAUGGUGCAAUGUACUUUUAAUAGGAAAAACUGGUAUUUUUUCCUUCAGUGCCUUAUGGAAGACUCUGAGACUCACAACAAUGCAAACCAUCACCGAAAUAUUCUUGCUUUGCUUUGAAGAAGUAAAAGAAAAAGAAGAAGAGAGGAAAAAAA